CCAUCACUUGAAACCAACAAAACCCAAACAAAACAACCCUCGGAAAUCUCCUCCAACAAGUUAAAUCAGACAUGGCUUCUUCUUCUAACUUGUUCCUCUUUGCUCUCGUCCUCGCCGUCACAUUCUGCAACAUGGAACAUGGAAUGGCGGUUCGACAGCUUCUCCAACUGCCACAACCCACAGCACUGCCUCCUAUGCCCACCAUCCCAUCUCUGCCGCUACCAACUCUCCCUACCGGAGGAUUGCCGCCGCUCCCUAGCGCCGGUGCCAUGCCCACCCUGCCGUCCGGAGGAGGAUUGCCGCCACUCCCCAGCGCCGGCGCCAUUCCCACCAUGCCCACCAUUCCUUCCAUGCCAAAGGUUUCUCUGCCGCCACUGCCUAGCGGGUUUCCAACCAUUCCUUCCAUCCCCGGCCUUACCCCGGCAGGCCCUGGCAACUGAUCAGUGAAUUGGUACACGAAGUUGGUGGACGUGGUUGUGUUUCGGAGUUGACGAUGAUGAUGUUAUGUCUUGCGAUUUCUUGUGUAGAGGGCUCAUUGUUUGUUUUUAUGGUCUGGUUGUUGUUUGAGUUUUUGGCUUGUAUAUUUGUUUUAACCCGCACCAACAUUACGGAGAAAUCUAAAAUUAGUU